GCGACAAACUUUGGAAUGCCAAACCGCUUUGCAUUUCGCAACCAAUCCUUCGGGGAGUAAGUCGUUACCCGCAAAAUUGAUCACCUGAAACCGGUAUGGAGUACUAUCAUCGCAACCCUUGCCAAGAGAUCGUGAUCCGUGCUGAACCGCCAGCGAUAUAGUAUAGGGUUGUCUUGGCAACGGUGUUUGUUUACAAGCACGUGCUGUCUUAUCGCGUGAUGAGUACUUAUUGGGUUAAGUCCUGAUGUGAUGAAAUUUGUCUCGGCGAAUAUAGGGCGGAAAUGAUUCUUGACUUCGACUUUCAAAGGGUAGAUCAUGUGCCUAUUUUUUACUAGGCCCAACCAACUUAUUCUUUAACUGGACAACAGAUAUAAUGGGUCUAAGCGCACUGCAUACGGAGUCCUGCCCCAGCGUUAUCACGCUGGCCAAAGUGCAACCUCAUUACACAAAAAAUGUGAACUCCAACCCUCGUGGACUCAUCACCAGUCAGUUGGAAGACGAGGAUAAUUGCCUUCUUGACUUGGCUUAAGGAGGGGCGCGACAGGAGGCGGGGAUAAUCUGCUGUAGAACUCCUACCGAGCAUGCACAUAGACGACCACAGCGCCCUAAAUGUCAAAAAUGGCUGAAAUCACUGUUUGGGUUAACGGCCGAGAGAAGCGCAUCACGGGGGUGGGCCGCUCGACAACCUGCCGGGACGUGGUCACUCUGCUCCUCCGAAACCAUCUAAAGACCGAGGAAGUCCUGCCAAGUUACAGCCACUGCUUCUCUCUCUUUGAACGGUGGCGAGGUUGCGAGAGGGUUCUGAGCCCGAGAACCAGGUUGUACAAGCUGUGGAAGGCUUGGGGCGACGAGCAGAAGAACGUCCGCUUUACCCUGAAGAGAUCCACUUCAGGGGAGCCACAUCCGGAAGAGAUCGGGGACGAACUGAUCGGACAGGGCAUAAGGAAAUCCGCUACAGGUCACCCAUCGGGGAAAAUGCCGAUCCACGUUGACAACGACAAAAAGGUCAGGAAAAGCACAGUGAGACCUCUCCGAGUUAAGGACAAGACAAAUUCGCAUCGAAAAGGUUCCGAGUCCUGUAGUACUCGACACAAGGACAAAAGUCGAAAUUCAGAAUCAAGUGAGCGUAAUCAGAGUGUGCCGGUGCAGGAUUUGGAGUCACUCGUCCAAACUGUUGUGAAACAGAGUAAGCGGUUACAGGAACUAUUUGAAAUGAUUCAGGAAAUUGACAUGGAAAUCGAAUUCUACGAGACCAAGGCCCACUUGCUUAGGGUGGAAGAGAAAGGUAAGAACUAUGUACAGGACGCGUAUUUAUCCAGACUGGUAGGAGAUAACAGCCAGUCAGAUGACACGGAUGAUACUUUAUGCGAACUGGUAACCAAUGGCUGUUCCGAUUUGGAAGCGUACAUCUCAUUAUACGAAAAGCUAUUAGAUGUUGAGUCCCAGCUUACAACAAAGCGAGGAACCAUUUCGAAGUUGACAGAAACGAUUGAACGAGCUCGCUUACUACACAUGGAGAAUCCAACAGCAAUAGAAAAUGACAAGACACAGAUUCUGGCGAUGACGAAAGAUAAGUUGACAAAUCCCGAAGAAGCUCCCUUGAAAACUGACGACGAGAAAUAUCUGGCAGACCACCAGCGGGAAGUUGGUCUGGUACGAGCUCAGCUGGAAUGGUACACAGAUGUUUGUAUUGCGCAGAAAUCUGAAAUCACGACCAUGCAAAACAGGCUAGCCUCUGCCGAGAGUCUGUAUAACGAUAAGUGCCACUGGCUGGAUAUCUUAGUGACGGAGUUGACACGUUUAGAACGAAACUCGCUAUUGGACUCGCCAGAUGCUGUCGAUACCGAAAUUGGUGCCGAGCCGAAUAGUCAAACUCAUUCGGCUUCAACCGAAGAAUGCGACACCAAUGAUAGAGGAGAAUUGAAACCAGACGAUGGACACGACAGUGGUAUAUGUUUGAGUCCAGACGAAACCCCAAAGCUUCAAACUCGAACAGGAAUUGAUAACGAUUCCAGUUCGGAUACAGGUCUAAGCUCGUUGCACAGCCAGGAGGAUGUAGAACACUUGCCGGUUGUAGCUGAAACUCUGGUUUAGCUGCACAACAAAUCACUGUUGAAAACGAUUAUUCCAUGAAAUAGUUCUCACGCUAUAGCUUGAUAAUAAUAAAAACGUGUAAGAAACAGGGUGUCCGCCCUUUCAGUUUUGUUGAAGCUCUUAAAAUCUCUUCUGAAGUCAGAAAAUGACGAUCUACAUAACUGUACAAAAGCAACUCUGACUUUAACAUGUCCAUUUAAUAACAGUUAAAAUCCUUGAUGAUUGUUAAUUUUUUAAGUUAACACCUUUUAGAACUCUGAAUGUAGUUAUAAAGUCUGCACAACGUAGGGUGAUGAAGUGUGACGUCAUUGUCAUGACGAGAGGUUUAAGUUGUAACUUGCGUCGCACGCUAUGAAAUCAAAGCGUGCGCGUUUCUGUUGUAGGAAAAUAGUUGACAGCAGGUAUGAGAUUUAGAUAAGCUGUGAAAGAGAAAAAAGCAGUGCUAAUAAAAACGUUCCUAAUACUGGAGCAAGUGUCACUCCAAGCAAUAAUUAUUUCUAUUGUACCUUUUAAAAUAUCCAAAACCUACGUUCUAGGACAGACUCUUGAAAAAUCUGGUCAGUUCCACUCGAAGUGACUAAAGCGAUAGAGACAAUUGUUGGCAAAAUCAAAAGUGACAGAUUAACCCUUUUUAUAGACGUUCGUAGUGCAGCUCCGUUAAGCCGUAAAAAAUCGGGUUUCGUGUCCAUUGUAGCGAAUCUGCUACAAUACGUUUUGCUCAUUCACUCAAUAUGUGCGUUCAGUGAAGUUAGUACGUUUGUAUUACGCACGAUGUAAGCGCAAAUUGGAAUGUAAUUAUGGUUUAGAACUAAGGCGGCAGCUUGAGUUAAUCAUUGGAGAAAUUUUCAUUUUGUGGCUUUACUUCAAUGAAUCUAUUCUUUUCUUGACGGGAAGCUCAAAGUGUAUGGUGAGCUAAAAGAUUGCAAUAUAUUUUCAACAUUUCUCCGGUGUUGUUUUGUUUGGGCUUGUGUGAUGCAGCGUUAUAGUAUCUUUGACAAACUGAAUUACUUGAUUCAGAACUACAUGUGUUUUUAUUGUAGUUAUUUGAUGUAAUUUUGAACUGAAGAAAGUUCUGGUCAGGAUGGUAAUAUUGCACUAAGUAGAUGCUUGUUACUAAACAACCAUGAAACACAAGCCAUGCUGUCAGGACUAGGGAAAGAAGCUGACUUCAGAGUUCUCAGUGUAAAAUGGUUGACUGCAUUAAUCAAUGCAAUCACCUGCAGAAUUUUACCAGAUCUGACCACACUGCCACUUUUAGCAACAGAUACGUCCUUAGCAUCUAGUAGGUAGUAUGUUUUAGCAAGUAGAUAUAAGCUGAAAUGAAGGAUUUUUCUUCUUGGGAAAUGCAUCAUUUUAUCACUUUAGAGUAUUCACGAUAAUUAUGGCGAAUUUACCCCUUCUUCAACAACUACCGCAGCUUGUAAUGUUAUUUUGAAUAGCAACUCCUGACUGAAAAAGGUGUGUGUGAUUUGUGCCGACCUGUACAAAGUUUCGUUGCUACUGAAAUACAUCAGCAGAGCCAGAAAGCCUUGAA